GGCUGGGCGGCUUCCAACAAGAGAUUAAAAAUACAUUAAAGCAUCAGUCAUUAAAAAUCAAAUUAAGAAUCAAAUUAAGUUGGAAUGCACUUGCAUGCUCACUAUGUUAUACAUAAGACUUUGUAAGUUUUGGACUCGCAUCUCUGGAAUGUCCCUAUUGCGCUACCAUUUGAAGAGCACCAUCUAAUGUUGAUUUGCUGUACCCAAUGCUGUUUUUCUAGAAAAAUUGGUGCUCAGCAUGAAUGCCUCCCUUGUUCUCUUAUAAUGGCAAUGGUGCCUACCUGAGAGGUGGCGGAACUGAGUUCCAGUGAGUUUUGGCUGGGGGGAAUAAAGACCUGGUUAUACCCCAAACAAUGAAUAAAAUUCUAGUUCUUAAAGGAUCUGUGAAUAAAUGAAAAAUAUGUGAUGCCGAAAACUAACUCCCUUUCAAAGGGACCUUCUGAUGUUAAGAUACCCAUGAAAUAUUUGAUCACUUGAAACUGAAGAGUAUGUCCAUUAUUCUCCUGUAGUUCUACAUUAAAUCUAUGUAUAAAAGGCAGGGAAUAAAAACUCUGCUGUGUACACAAUGGUGUACACAUUUGCUUGAAAAUAAGUGUAUGUGAGCUCAGUAUGACUUGCUCCCAGAUAAGCACGCAUAGCAUUGUAGAUUUAAUAUUCCUUGGUAUUAUCUUGCUUUGUCAUAAGUUCAGUUCUUUUCGCAGUGGCAGCAGCCAUAAUGCAAUACAGGGUUUAACAUGCUUCCUGAUGCAGAAAGUGUAUUGUUCCAGAGCCAUAUGCUGAUUAAAUUCAUCAAGUGAUUACAAUCAACCUGUAGCUAUGAGUCUUGGGAUAUGCUACAGAAGUGGAGACUCCUGACUAACUUGUUCUUACUUUUAAUAACUUCUUCUGGCUUUUAAAUCAUAACAGAGUGGAGAACAAACUGCAGACUUUAGAGGGUCAGUUUACAGUGCUAGACUCUAGCAUUCAGAAAUUAACAGAGAAGUUUGAGUUUCGGACUACAGUAAUGGAGCAUGAGUUCGACCAGGAUGAAAUGUGGUCAUCACUGCUAGAAGGCAGGUGAGAAAGAAAAAUCGAGGGCAAAAAAUCUAAUAAAAGUUUUAAUAAUAUUAACUUGGCUGUAAAGUGCCUGAUAAUGGUAUCAUAAGAUUGUAACCAUCAUUUGAUAGGUUUAACGUAUGGGCAACACAUGAACAUGUAGUGAUUGAUGAUUUUAAUUUAUAAUGAUGGAAUAUUGGAGAGAAAUAAUUCCAUUUAGGACUUCUGAAUAAAUAUUGAAAACUUUCCAACUUUAUGUCCAAAAUGUAAACCUAAACGCUGACUUAGCCUUAGUUUUAGGGAAUUACUUCAAAUAAACAUUUUAGGAUUGGGCUUAAUUAUCACAAACAUGGUUUCUUUUGGCUCGAAUUAAAUUUCCACUGGUUCAAUAAAAUACACACCUUAAGAAGUGUAGUCAGGAUUGUAGCUUUAUAAUAUCUCCUGUUACCUGAAUAGCAAUAAAUCCUGGUCCUGUUGACUUUAAUUAUUUGAAAAAUGGGUUAUAUUUCCAUAUCUUCUUCCAGAUUCUCUUCUGUGGAGGUAAAUCUUUUCUACAGCUACAUUUGUGAAACUAUUCGCUGCUUACAUUCUGAAGUGGUAGAAAUGCUACCAGAUCUGGCAAAAGCCCUUCCUACUCUGUCAUCUGUUCUGAGGCGAAAAGGCAGAAACCAAAGAAUUAGGCUGGCCUGGGAGUCUGUACUGGAGAAACUGGGGCUGCAAGAAGGAGAUGUUAAAGCCCUCUGUGCAUUUUUCAUUACAAAUUGUCACAAUGCCUGCUACUAUCCUGCUGAUCAAAGGCAAGAUUAUGCCAAUGACAUCACCUCUAUUAUAAACAACGUGGUGAAGAACCAGCUGCUUCAGCGAAGUCUGCUGUCUGCUAUUCGCAUAGUGGAAUACAGAAAAAACUGAACAUGCUUGCAAAAAACAAGAGACACACCCUAAAGGAUUAUAACCUAGAAACAAAUUGUCUCCAAAACUGCUUAUACCUGCAAAGUCCUUACUCAGUAGCUUUAUGCAAGACUUCCUCUCAGUCUUCACCCCAUCUUUAACAUAGAAAAGUUGCACUGUACUGGCCCAAUUCACAGAGAAGUUGUACGGAUUAUGAAGACUGCAUAUGUGAAGCAUGACUAAAGCUAUGCAUUAUUAUUACUACUAAUAUUAACAACUCCCAUUUUGCUCCUAUCUUUUGAAAUCUAUCACCCAGAUCCUACAGUAGAGUAAUAAUCUUGAAGUUCCCCUUUGUUGGUUUCUCACUUGAAAUACAGGCCCCAUUCUUGAGAGGCAGGCAUAAUUGCAUAUAUCACAAACAUAUGUCUUGGUGCGAGUGUAAUGUACAUAUUUGCUGGGUCUUGCUGCAUACUUCAGGGAGUGCCUGCUCCCAAUUUGUUGAUCAAUUUUCUCACAGUAAAAAAAGUGGGGUAUAAAGAGGAAGUCCUCCUCAGGUGAUUUUUUAAAUGCAUACUUAUUUACUUGCAACCUCAAGUGCACUAAGCCAUCUACGAUUGGCCAUGAUUAGCUUGACUUUUGUUCAUUAUGUAUACCCUCAUAGUUCCUAUGCUUUCUUUUGCCAUUUAGAAACAUAGCUGCAUGUUAUUAUCUUCUUCUUCUCUGUUACCAAUGUGGUUAAAAGUUAGUCACCAUGUCUUAUUCAGCCCCAUUUUGACACCAGAGCACACUCUACGUCUAAUAUGUACUGUCUGCACCUGAUGAAAUCACAAACUGC